GGAAAAUCUUUAUCUUUUUUCUAAUAUAACAAAAAGAAAAAGAAAAUAACCCCAAAAAAUCCGAAAAGCAAAAGCGAAUCGAAAUAACGUGGCUGCUGUGAAUAUAUUGUAGCGAUAAGACUAUCUGACAGACACAGACACUCUGAUCGAUCCGGAAGGGUGGUGACGACGAUAACAAAGAGGGAGGAAUCGAACAGCGACAGAUGGCGGACCACGGUGGCGGAGGAGGAUGUUGUCCACCGAUGGAUCUAUUCCGUUCAGAACCGAUGCACUUGGUACAAAUCAUCAUUCCUAUUGAGUCAGCUCACUUGACUGCCUCCUACCUGGGAGAUAUCGGCCUCAUUCAAUUCAAAGAUCUGAAUGCAGAAAAAAGCCCUUUUCAAAGAACAUAUGCUGGACAGAUCAAAAGAUGUGGAGAAAUGGCACGAAAAUUGCGUUACUUCAAAGAUCAAAUGUCAAAGGCAGGUCUUACACCCACCCCAAAAACCGAGGCACAAGGUGAUAUCAAUCUGGAUGAUCUUGAGAUAAAACUUGGAGAUCUUGAAGCUGAAUUGAUUGAAGUAAAUGCAAAUAGUGAAAAGUUGCAGCGUGGUUAUAAUGAGCUUGUGGAAUAUAAGCUUGUCUUACAGAAGGCUGGCGAGUUUUUCAGGACAGCAGAAAGCAGUGUUGUAGCUCAACAAAGAGAACUUUCAUCCGAUAAUACCCCUGAAGAAUCUUUGGAAACUCCUCUUCUAACAGAUCAAGAUUCAAAAAGUGAGCAAGGGAAACAAGUGAAACUAGGGGUUCUUGCUGGGCUUGUGGCUAAAGGAAAAUCCAUGGCUUUUGAAAGAAUUCUAUUUCGUGCUACAAGGGGUAAUGUCUUUUUAAGGCAAUCUACUGUUGAAGAAGCUGUUGUUGAUCCUAGCUCUGGAGAAAAGGUUGAGAAAAAUGUAUUUUUGGUUUUUUAUUCUGGAGAAAGAGCAAAAAGCAAAGUUCUUAAAAUAUGUGAAGCUUUUGGAGCAAAUCGUUACCCUUUUGUGGAAGAUUUAAGCAAACAACAACAAACAAUAACUGAGGUAUCUGGAAGGACAUCUGAGCUGAAGAGAACAAUAGAUGCUGGACUUUUGCAUCGUGGAAAUUUGUUACAAACAAUAGGAGAACAAUAUGAAAGGUGGAAUCUUUUGGUGCGAAAAGAGAAAUCUAUCUAUCACACUCUAAACAUGCUCAGCAUUGAUGUAACAAAAAAGUGUCUUGUGGCUGAAGGGUGGAGUCCAAUAUACGCAACUGAACAGAUUCAAGAUGCAUUGGCUCGUGCAACUAUAGACUCUAACUCACAAGUUGGUGCUAUAUUCCGAAUUUUACACACAAAAGAAUUGCCUCCAACCUUUUUUAGAACAAACAAAUUCACUGAAUCCUUUCAAACAAUUGUUGAUGCAUAUGGGGUUGCAAAAUACCAAGAAGCAAACCCUGGAGUAUACACUGUUGUCACAUUCCCAUUUCUGUUUGCUGUAAUGUUUGGUGAUUGGGGCCACGGAAUAUGCAUAUUGCUAGCAGCUUUAUUUUUAAUCUUCAAAGAGAAAAAAUAUUCAACUCAGAAGCUUGGAGACAUUAUGGAAAUGACAUUUGGAGGACGCUACGUUAUAUUGCUCAUGUCACUCUUCUCAAUCUACACCGGCUUAAUCUACAACGAGUUUUUCUCAGUUCCAUUUGAGUUGUUUAGCCCUUCAGCUUAUGUAUGCCGUGAUACUUCUUGCAGUGAAGCUACCACUAUUGGUUUGAUAAAGGGGAGGGACACGUACCCGUUUGGUGUGGACCCCGCUUGGCACGGGAGUCGGAGUGAACUUCCGUUUCUAAAUUCUUUGAAGAUGAAAAUGUCGAUUCUUAUUGGUGUAGCGCAAAUGAACCUUGGGAUAAUAAUGAGUUUUUUUAACGCGUUGUACUUCAAGAACCCUGUAAAUAUCUGGUUUCAGUUUAUUCCUCAGAUGAUAUUUUUGAACGGGUUGUUUGGAUACCUUUCGUUUCUUAUUGUUCUUAAGUGGUGCAUUGGUUCAAAGGCGGAUUUAUAUCAUAUAAUGAUAUACAUGUUCCUUAGUCCUACUGAUGACCUUGGAGAAAAUCAGCUUUUUGCAAAUCAAAAAACAGUUCAACUUGUGCUCUUACUAUUGUCUCUCGUUGCUGUCCCAUGGAUGUUGCUUCCCAAGCCUUUCAUUUUAAAAGCACAAUACAACAGGACACACCAAGGGGAGUCCUACACGCCACUUGAAGGAGAAGAUCAAUCAUUACAAGUGGAGGCAAAUCAUGAUUCACAUGAAGAAUUUGAGUUUAGUGAAGUGUUUGUUCAUCAACUUAUUCAUACUAUAGAAUUUGUACUCGGGGCCGUGUCAAAUACAGCUUCUUACCUUCGUCUAUGGGCACUCAGUUUGGCACAUUCGGAGUUGUCAACCGUGUUCUAUGAGAAGGUUCUUCUUCUUGCUUGGGGGUACAAUAAUGUGAUAAUUCUUGGCAUUGGAAUUCUAGUGUUUAUUUUUGCAACGGUUGGUGUGUUGCUAGUGAUGGAAACUCUUAGUGCCUUUCUACACGCAUUAAGACUUCACUGGGUGGAGUUUCAAAACAAGUUCUAUGAAGGAGAUGGGUACAAAUUCCAUCCUUUCUCCUUCAUGUUACUCGGUGAUGAGGAUGAAUGAUUGUUUAAUUAUUUCACACUCUUUACAAAUCACCACGUACUUUAUACUUUAUACUUUAUUUAUUUAUUUAUAAAUUAUAAUGUAUUGUUUGCUACUACUAUCUAUCAACAAUAAUAAAGAGGUGUGAAUGUGAGAUUGUUAUUUAUGUUAAUUAAGUAUUGGUACAUAAAAAUAAAUUAUUAGAAAUUAGAAAUAUGUUUAGUAGGUUUGCAGAAUGUUAGUGUUGGGCAACUGCAACGACUGUGGAGACCAUGGAAUCAACACCACAAACAUUAGGACCUUUACAGAUUUUGUAAUAUCCGUUUUCUCCCCAAUUUGGUCCCCAUGAGUUCUUAAUGAUCCAGUAUGGUUUUUCCUUCCUUCUUAUUGGGGAGUAUCCAGAAGCACCAUAACCAACCAUUAGUACACCAUGGUCUAGCCUUUUUGAGCACACAUAUGGGCAUGACACUCCCCCGAUAUAUGUCUGCAUAUAAACCGCAUUGAUAGCCACUGCAUGAGGACCAUCUUUCACAAGAUUAGCAGCAAUCUGAUCUUCAUCAAGGGACACCACACUGAAAUUACUCACAGAUGCUACAAUCUUGUUUUUAUCAAAUUUACAUCUUCCACUAGCACUUCCUGUGUAAGGAUAGUCUUCUUCCCUCAUAAGCCCACCGGCUUUCAAAGUGUACUCAAAAGCACUGUUCAUCAGACCUCCGUCGCAUCCUGAAUCACAUGAAUCCUUUUCUUCUGGAUCACACUACACGGUCACAAUCAACAAGUUGCUGUUCACUAAGGCUUUCAAGCUUCCCUGUAGCAAG